GUUCUCGAAGGAAAUAUUAAAAAGCAUAAGAAAUAAUAAAAAGUAUAAGAAAAGCAUCAUGGCUGUAAUUUUCCCGUUGUAUUUUGCCGUAAUUUUGGCGGGAAUAUUUGCUAAUACAAUCGCAAUAGAUAAUUAUUGCAGUGUAGAAACGUGUGAAAUUAAAGGGCCUCAUACAAUGUGUACUUACACCUCUCCAGAACCAUCGGCAACAUGCAAACAAGUAUAUAAAGUUGGUGUUACUAAUGAAGACAUAGACUCAAUAUUAACUAUACACAAUAAACUGAGACAAAGAGUAGCAUUGGGUCAAGAAUCUAGAGGAAAUCCUGGUUGGCAACCUAAGGCAGUUGACAUGCCAAACUUGACCUGGAAUAAGGAAUUAGCAAACAUUGCGCAAAGAUGGGUCAAUCAAUGCAAUUAUGGUCAUGAUGCAUGUAGAGAUAUAAAUAAAUAUCAAGUUGGUCAGAAUGUAGCCCAGUCAUAUUCUUCUGGAGAAAACGAUUACACUAUGCAAAAUUUUAUCGAUUUAUGGUACAAUGAAGUAGAAAACUUUGAUGCAAGAAGAGUUAACCAGCCAUUUAAAAUGCAAGCGGAGACAAGUCAUUAUACCCAAAUAGUCUGGGCUGAAACAAAAGAAGUUGGUUGCGGAUUUAUGACGUAUAAGAAUAAUCAAUGGAAUACGAGCUACCUAGCUUGCAAUUACGGUCCAGGUGGAAAUGUAAUAGGUGGGAAAAUGUAUGAAAUUGCAAAUUAAGUAAAUCCAAUUGAAAGAUUUGAAAUAUAAUAGAAGAAGCGACUAACAUAGAAAAGCAAAUAGGAAACUACAUAUAUUAUCAGUAAAAACAUACAGUUGCAACUGUCAUAAUAAUAUUAAU